ACAUCUCACAGUGGCAGAACAGACACACCGCUCUCUCGCACCCAAAAUCAGAUGUUUGGUUUUUUAUAACAAGUUUUAUUAAAUUUCAAAAACUGAGACCUGGAUAUACUUUUGUUUGACUGCUGGGCCGAGUUGGGGUCAUGGAUCCGAUUGUGGAAGUAGUGGCUUUGGUGCUGGGGUUCAUUGCCUGGGUGAUGGUGGGGGUCACCCUGCCGCACCGUUACUGGAGGACCUCCACCGUCGACGGGAACGUCAUCACCACCUCCACCAUCUACGAAAACUUGUGGAUGUCUUGUGCGACAGACUCGACCGGGGUGCAUAACUGCAGGGAGUUUCCUUCGCUGCUUGCUUUGAGUGGUUACAUCCAAGCGUCUCGAGCCUUGAUGAUCACAUCGGUCGUGUUGGGCACGCUUGGCCUGAUGGCGGCCCUGAUAGGAGUGCAGUGUUCAAAGGCAGGAGGGGAAAACUAUGUUCUCAAAGGGAGGAUUGCUGGCGCUGCUGGAGUCCUUUUCAUAAUUCAAGGUGUGUGCACAAUGGUCGCAAUUUCCUGGUAUGCCUUCAACAUCACUCAGGAUUUCUUUGACCCCUUCUAUCCCGGGAUAAGGUAUGAAAUAGGAGAAGCACUCUACAUCGGCUGGUGCUCCGCUGUGCUCGCCAUCGCUGGAGGAGCCUGUCUCACCUGCUCCUGCAAAAUGGGCACAGAGGAAAAAUACCCGUUGCCUCUUCAAAGCAGGGGGACUGUGUACUCCGGAGCAGCACCGACCAGAAGCCAGGCUGCCAGCACCUACGGCCGGAAUGCUUAUGUUUGAAUAUGAAAACAGAACUUUGUCACCAAAAAAAAAAAACAGAAGACAGAAAUCUCAUCUUUUGCAAAAAUCCUGGAGUCAAAUCUUUUCAUCGACUCAGUUUUUGUUGAUGCAUCUAACAUAUCCUGGUGUUCAGCUUUUACACUUUUUGACAUGUGGAAAAGCUAAAGGUCUCCGUCAUGAAGUAACAUAUCACCACUGAACUGUACAUAAUCACAUUAUAUCAAGUGUGUACUCUGUAGAAAUGAUAGCAUUGAAAUGAUAGAAUUGAAGUUGUGAAAGUUGUAAAAAGCAAAGCUUCUUAUCGCCACACAGACGUACCAUAUGCUUGCAAUGAUUCUAUUUAUGUUUCACACAAAUGCAUUUACAUACCGUCACUUAUUUCCAAAGGAAGCCAAUCAUUUGAUGAUCUGCAUACACACUUCUAGACAUUUAUGAAGGGGAAGGUCAAAACUGUGAUGAUCCAGAUAUUUGUGUGUUGUUUUGUACAGUUUUAUAGAUAGUACCUGUGAAAGAGUGUGAGGACAAGUUAUCGUUAUUUUGUUUUUGAUUUUUUUACGAUAGCGCACAAUAAAACGUGUUGUGCUAAACAUUUCUGUUUGACUUUGUAUUUCCGUGGUUAAUAAAGUUAUGAUUGUAUUCUUUUUUUUAAACAAA